GAGGAAGAGAGUGAGAAAGAUAGAAAGAAAGAUAGAAGAAAAAGAAAGAAAGAAAGAAAGAAAGAAAGAAAGAAAGAAAGAAAGAAAGGAGCAGUUAGGAGAAGGCGCGCGCGUGCGUGCGUACGUGCGCGCGGCGUUAAGAGACAAGAGAAGCGAUAGGCGACGGACGCGAUACGUCGCGGCUGCCGGCGGAACGUUGCGAAGGGACGUUCGCGCGAAUAGAAAAAAUGAGCUGUCAACGUAAUGCUGGCAAGAUCACGGUGCCGGACGAUCUUAGAGACGUUCUCUUGGAAUUUACGAUCAGUUAUUUGUUAGAGCAGCCCGGGGAUAUAAUCGACUAUGCGGUCGAGUUCUUCACGCGACUCAGGGACAAUCGACGAACGCAGUUGAUUCAGCCCGAUGCGCACACUUGUGCUUCGACACCGGACGAGUCUGUUGAUGAAGAACCACCGGUCGGCAGGUUUGCGACCAGAAGGAAGAGCGUUUUCGCUGAAACUUACAAUCCAGAAGAAGAUGAGGAAGAAGACGGCGUUAAGAUGGUGCAUCCGAAGAGUGAUGGCCAAAGACAAAGGUUAAGCGAAAGCGUCAAGAACAUUCUUUUGUUUCGUGCUUUAGACGAAGAACAAAUGGCUGACGUACUCGACGCAAUGUUCGAAAAAACCGUUCAACCAGGAGAAUUUAUCAUUAGACAGGGUGAUGAUGGUGAUAAUUUUUAUGUUAUCGAAAGAGGGAAAUUCGACGUAUACGUUAAAGAUCCUAAUGGAGUAGAAACUAAUAUUCACACUUACGAUAAUCGUGGUGCUUUUGGAGAAUUAGCACUUCUAUAUAACAUGCCUAGAGCGGCUAGUGUUAAAGCUAUUACUCCAGGUACUCUUUGGGCUAUGGAUAGGCAAACUUUCCGUCGAAUUCUUUUAAAAUCUGCGUAUAAGAAACGCAAGAUGUACGAGGAUUUGAUUAAUAAAGUUCCCAUGCUUAAAUCGCUCGAACCUUACGAGCGCAUGAACCUCGCUGAUGCUCUUGUACCAAAACAGUAUUUAGAUGGCGAGCAGAUUAUUAAACAAGGAGACACGGCUGAUGGAAUGUAUUUUGUUGAAGAUGGCAUUGUCAGAAUUACUAUAUUGGGUGAAAAUAAUCGCGAAAUAGAGAUUAAUCGAGUUCCAGCUGGAGGAUAUUUAGGUGAAUUAGCAUUGGUGACGCACAAACCUCGCGCAGCUUCGGCCUAUGCCGUAGGAGAUGUAAAAUUGGCCUUUUUGGAUGUUGAAGCAUUCGAACGUUUAUUGGGCCCUUGUAUGGAAUUGAUGAAGCGUAAUAUAGAUGAUUACGAGGAUCAACUGGUCAAAAUUUUUGGCAGCAAAACCAACAUUUCCGACAUUCGAUGAACUAUUUCGAAUUUGUAGAUGUCGCGCUGCUGUAUCGAAAACAUACUUUCGUACAGUAAUGUAUAACAGAGCACAAAAUUAUGCCACCACCUAUUUCUGAAUCUCAUCCGCGUAUUUCAAGUAUCGUCUCGAGUCGACUUUCGUAUGACUGUCCAAUGUCAGCUGGUAAGAUUCGCCAUUAAUAAUUAUCAAGUUUAUACCUGUGACACACUAAACAAAUUUACAAGAUGCUCGGUUCUUCGUACAUACAUCACGGUAUUAUAAUAACUUUCUAAGACUGUAUUAGAUCAAAAAAGUAUUAAAAAUUUCGCCGUGCACUCACUCGCAUGGGAGAUUGAGAUCUGUUUAUGAGAGAGAUGAAAAUCAGUAAUGUGUAUAAUUGACAUAUGUAUAACGUUUCUCAUUAGAGCGUUGCUCGCAAGUUAUAAGAAAUACUCGGAAUCGUAAUACGUGAAAAAUAGUAUUGUUUCUCUCUUUAAUUUAUACUAGAACGAUUUGAGUUGUUUAAACAAAAUACACUUUAUCAGAAUGCUCGUCUAUGCCUUUGCAUACUUUUGCAGACACGUAUUUCUUAUUUGAAAUAUAUGCUCUUAUGAAAGUUGCUUACUCACGCUCGUAAGUAGCAUUAUAAAUCUCCAGAGCAUUAGAAGAAUUUUAUCGUACUCUGUUCGAUGUUAGAUAUUGACCAAAGUAUACCGGCGUAAAAGAUAAACACGCCGAUGGCAUCUUUCUAAUCGUUUUAAUUUUAUACAUAUUGUAUAUCAAAAAUCUGAUAUACUAUGCAAGACAGCUUUCACUAUAUUACGUACCUACCCAUUAUGAUUUUUAUUCAUUGAAAGUACGAAAAGAAAAUAAGUAAAGGAGAUUGAAUAUGCAUUAAGGAUAUGCAUGAAAAUGUACAAAUAACUAUUGACACGGCUUGCGGAAAAAUCAGACCGUGUCUUUAAUGCCACGUUUAUUAAAUACAAAUGAAUUUAGUAGAAGAAGGGAAGAUAACAAGAAAUGGCGUUUGUUCAGUCGCGAGUAUAAUUUCAUUUCGAUUAUCGUUAAUCAUAUUUUUCGAGAAUCGUAAUCCUUUUUAUUAUUAUUUUAAAAUUAUAACACAGUAGGAAAAGAGAAGCGAUUGUGUAUAUUAAAAGUAAUAGAGAGUACCAUUCUUGUUUCUUCCAUCGAAUAGUAGAUUUGAUAGUGCAAAGUCAAAGCAUUGUUCAUUGUAUAUUUAUUAUGUUGAAGAAAGUGAAGUGUUAUUGUUAUAAUUACUCUAUUAUCGAAUGUUACAGAUGCACUUUGCAGGAAUAUCUUGUCUCGCUGCUUUUGUACCGAAUUCUAAGUCAUAUUUAAUGCAAAUCAAAUAUAUUUCAAAGCAGUUUCUAUGUUCCUAAUUUUAUAACGCGAUCGUUUUUAAUUUUUGUUAACAAUCAACAAAGUAUCGAAGAAAAUAUAGCAGCGCACAAUUCUAUGCACACUUAUCAUAGAGAGCAUAUGCCGAUAAACAAUCGGUUAAAUGAUAGAACAUGCGAUCGAUAAUAUUUAUCGCACUAUUCUCACAUAGAAAUUCUUUCUACAUACAGAUAGUAAAAUGUCUACUUUAUUGAUCGAUAAAUGGGUUGUAUAAACAUGGAUUUAAAAAAAAUAUAUAUAUAUAUAUAUAUUAAAGCGGUAUAGAGAUAUUACGAUGAUAUCGUAAAUUAAUUUUCAUUUUUCUCCGUUGGUAUGAAAUUUAUCGUUUGUUUAAUUCUUUAUCGAGUUAUUAUCCUUUUUGAAAAAGAAUAAAUACGAUAUUUAUGAGGUGUACACCGAUUUGAACAAAUGGACAUUUUUAAAUUUGAAGUCUUAAAAAAAAUCAUGAAAUUGAUGAAUUUAAAAAUUAUAAAAAAAUACAUUCAUUAAAUCUAUCGAUACCAACGGAAGAUCAGUUUUAUUUUUAUUCAAUAUUAUAGGGCAUAUUGAAAAUUAAACAAAAUGAGAAAACGUCAAAGAGAUACAAUCAUCAUAAUCAAGGCCAUUAAAUCAUUAAGUGGGAGUCGAUGUAUCGGUCAAAUUUCAUUUUAUAAAAUUGUGUGUUUUAAUCUGGCGACAUAUAUAUCUAUAUAUUUCGUCUUUACGUAAUUUGACGAGGAAUUAAGAAAACAAAAAUUUUUCAAAAUAUUUUUAUCACAGUCGAAAUAUAUUAUACAACUUUAUAUCUGGAAUUCUUAUAUAAAGAAGAAAUGAAUUUAAACGCCCUACGAAUUAAUAUAUUAGCCGUUUGACACAAUCAGAUUGCAAUUUUUGCGACCACCAUAAUAUCUAUGGAAAAUGAUUUUUAUUAUCAUUAAUUGUACGAUCAUUACACGACUGAAAUAGAAUUAUGCCAUUAGUUUUUUAAAUAAUAUCAUUAUCAUAAAUCAAGAAAAGGAGACAAAAGUAAAAAUAAAAUAGAUCCGCAUAAUCUAUUUUAGAACGAACAUUACGUUGUCGUAUUUUUACAAAACCGCUUUCGGUACAUAGAUACACUUGUUCACGUUCUAUGUCGACAGAUAAAAUGUUCGUAUUAUUCAUAUAUAUUAUAAUGUAUGUUCCCUGCAAAUGCCUUUUUUAUGUUUGUGAUAUUUCAAUAUUCAGUGUAUUCCAUUCUCUGUUUUCGUUUAUUCUCAAUAAUCCUUUGUAGUCUUCCGUUAUAUAUUUUAAACUGUGAUAUUAUUUUUGAUGAAAUAAGUAAUUUGUUUCUUAUAACUUCGUUUAUUCGUAAAAUGUACGAAUUCAGAUAAAACAAUUCGAUAUGAAAGAUUCUUUCCACGGCCGAAAGAUCUAAUAAUGAUCUAGAAAAAAAAAAAAAAGAACAUAACAACAACUCCUUUACUAUUGAAUAGAAUAAUAACAAAAGCAAAAAUGAUAAGACAAAAGUCGAUAAUAGAAAGAUGUUAAUUAAAAGAAAAAAGAUGAAAAAAAAAAAAA